UGGAUUCGGCUCUUUCCGUCGCCGCGCGGCCGCGGUCCCGGAAGAGCGCCCAUGGAGCCGGGUCUUCCGGGCGAACGCCAGAGUAUGGCGCCGCUGUUGGAGUACGAGAGGCAGCAGGUGCUGGAACUGCUCGACAGUGACGGGCUGGUGGUGUGUGCCCGCGGACUCGGCACCGACCGGCUCCUCUACCAUUUCCUGCGGCUUCACUGCCACCCGGCAUGCCUGGUGCUGGUGCUCAACACGCAGCCGGCAGAGGAGGAAUAUUUUAUCAAUCAGCUGAAGAUAGAAGGAGUUGAACACCUCCCUCGACGGGUGACAAAUGAAAUCGCAAGUAACAGUCGCUAUGAAGUCUACACACAGGGUGGUAUUAUAUUUGCCACAAGCCGAAUACUCGUGGUUGAUUUCUUGACAGGUAGAAUACCUUCAGAUUUAAUAACUGGCAUCCUCGUGUACAGAGCCCACAGGAUCAUCGAGUCCUGCCAGGAAGCCUUCAUCCUGCGUCUCUUCCGCCAGAAAAACAAGCGCGGCUUCAUCAAAGCUUUCACCGACAAUGCUGUGGCCUUUGACACUGGCUUCUGUCAUGUGGAAAGAGUGAUGAGGAGCCUUUUUGUGCGGAAGCUCUACCUGUGGCCAAGGUUCCAUGUGUCAGUCAACUCCUUCCUGGAACAACACAAGCCUGAAGUCGUAGAGAUUCACGUGUCCAUGACCCCCGCCAUGCUUGCCAUUCAGACCGCCAUACUAGACAUCUUAAACGCGUGUCUGAAGGAACUGAAGUGCCACAACCCGUCGCUAGAAGUAGAAGAUUUGUCGUUAGAAAACGCUCUUGGGAAGCCAUUCGACAAGACAAUCCGCCAUUACUUGGACCCUUUGUGGCACCAACUUGGAGCCAAGACUAAAUCCUUGGUGCAGGAUUUGAAGAUACUAAGAACUUUACUGCAAUAUCUCUCUCAGUAUGAUUGUGUUACAUUUCUUAAUCUACUGGAAUCUCUGAGAGCAACAGAGAAGGUGUUUGGUCAGAAUUCAGGUUGGCUUUUCCUGGAUGCUAGCACCUCCAUGUUUGUGAAUGCUCGUGCCCGAGUUUAUCGUGUUCCAGAUGUCAGACUGAGUAAAAAGACCAAAACAUCAGAAAAGAUGGCGAGUCCAGAAGGGCAAGAAACAAAAAAAGAACUGGUCCUAGAAAGCAAUCCAAAGUGGGAGGCGCUGACUGAAGUCCUGAAAGAAAUCGAAGCAGAAAAUAAGGAGAGCGAAGCCCUUGGUGGCCCAGGCCAGGUGCUCAUCUGUGCGAGCGAUGACCGCACGUGCUGCCAGCUGAGGGACUACCUGACCUCGGGAGCAGAGGCCUUCCUGCUGCGCCUCUACAGGAAAACCUUUGAGAAGGAUGGCAAAGCUGAAGAAGUGAGGGUGAAUUUUAGAAAGGGGGACGACCCAAAGAGAACUACGAAGAAAUCUGACAAAAGACCAAAAGACCCCCAAAACAAAGAGCGUGCUUCUGCCAAAAGGGGGGCUCUCAAAAGGAAGAAGCGAGAGCUGACUCUGAUGCAAGUGUUGGGGACUGCUGAGGAGCCGCCAGAGGAAAGGGCUUUGGAGGAAGACCUGAGCAGACAGACCAGCAGUAGCCCAGAGGACUGCGGGGGAGAGAUUAAGCAUGAAUCAUUUGAUUUAAAUGUGUCAUCAGAUGCAGCCUAUGGUGUCCUGAAAGAGCCCCUGACCAUCAUCCAUCCGCUGCUGGGGUGCAGCGACCCCUAUGCCCUGACGCGGGUACUGCACGAGGUGGAGCCCAGAUACGUGGUUCUGUAUGACGCGGAGCUCACUUUUGUUCGGCAGCUGGAGAUCUACAGGGCUAGCAGGCCUGGGAAACCUCUGAGGGUUUACUUUCUUAUCUACGGAGGCUCCACGGAAGAGCAGCGCUACCUGACUGCUCUGCGGAAAGAAAAGGAAGCUUUUGAAAAGCUCAUAAGGGAAAAAGCUAGCAUGGUUGUCCCUGAAGAACGGGAAGGCAGAGAUGAAACCAACCUGGACCUAGCAAGAGGCACCGCAGCCACAGAUGCUCCUACCGACACUCGGAAAGCCGGUGGCCAGGAGCAGAAUGGCACACAGUCCAGUAUCGUGGUAGACAUGCGUGAGUUUCGGAGCGAGCUCCCGUCUCUUAUCCAUCGGCGGGGCAUUGACAUAGAGCCAGUGACUCUGGAGGUGGGUGAUUACAUCCUGACACCUGAGCUGUGUGUGGAACGCAAAAGUGUGAGCGACCUGAUUGGCUCGCUGCACAGUGGCCGCCUGUACAGCCAGUGCCUAGCCAUGUCACGCUACUACCGGAGGCCUGUGCUGCUCAUUGAGUUUGACCCGAGCAAGCCCUUCUCCCUGGCACCACGAGGUAGCUUCUUCCAGGAGAUGAGCAGCAGUGACGUGAGCUCCAAGCUCACCCUCCUCACCUUGCACUUCCCGCGCCUGCGGCUGCUCUGGUGCCCCUCACCCCACGCCACAGCUGAGCUGUUUGAGGAGCUGAAGCAGAACAAACCACAGCCUGACGCAGCCACAGCCAUGGCCAUCACCGCAGACUCAGAAACACUGCCUGAGUCGGACAGGUAUAACCCUGGCCCCCAAGACUUCGUGCUGAAGAUGCCUGGGAUCAACGCCAAGAACUGUCGCUCCCUGAUGAAUCAAGUGAAGAACAUCGCGGAGCUGGCCACCCUGUCCCUGGAGCGCCUCACAGGCAUCCUGGGGCACUCAGGAAAUGCCAAGCAGCUGCACGACUUCCUGCACACUGCCUAUGCAGACGUGGUGUCCAAAGGCAGAGUGAGGAAGUGACUGCUCGCUAUUGAUCAUUUGCAUAGCAAUUCAUUCUUCCCCAGGGCGAUCGGUGACUGUAAUUCUGUCUCCCCGGUGUUUGUCUAGAAGCCUGGAUCCCCCCUCCCCCAUCCCACCCCCACCCCCACCCCCACCCCCUGGGCUCUGUGCUGAGGUGCGUACCCGCCUUCCCUUGCUGGCUCUUGCCUCUCAGUAAGGUGUGGUGAGAUCUUGCCCCUUGAAGCAAACAGCCUAUGUUUGCUUUUCAGGCUGGUAAAAGUACUCUUUCCUGGUCCUGACACCCGCCAGGGCUUGGUAGCCUGAGGCAGGGCUGCUGUUCCUUAUGUGCUUCUUCACCUCACACACACAGAGACAAAAUUAGGCCUCUAGUCUCCUGGUCACCAGGUAUAUGUAACAUGUACUGUUACUUGGUUGGUUAAGCCAGAGUUUUUAACAGAAUUAAUUGCUUAUGGACAAGAUUUGAUGAGGUAAUAAAGGGCUCCUCAGAAUUCUUGGUUUCUCAGUGUUUAGCCUCCAAAUUCCUAUUCUAAGUCCAAAUGACAGGUCUAAGUGUCCCCCACCUCACUGGUGUAAGAUGCCGAGACUGUACCAGAAGUACGCCAUCUCUGCCCUGCCCGUGGUCCUGUCCUAACUACUUCUUGCCUGAGUGAGCCAGGUGCUAUCUACAUGUGGCUUUCUCUCCUUCUUACUAAAGGAUUGUAGAUAAAUGGAUAAAUCAGCACAGAUAACACAUAAGAAUGCAGAAGGAAUACACAGGUGUUUAAAGACCCACAAACCAAUCUCAUGAUUGAUUCCGACUGGAUUUCUGUGUUAAAAUGGGAUUCGUCACAUCGUUAUGCUGUUUGUAGACUGUGACACUUAAGCAUUAGCUGUUUAUGUAUUCAGUGGCAAGCAGUAAAGUUUCUUCCUCAAGA